AUGGAAGGUAGAAGGUUUGAGCGCCGAGCAACGGAAUGGACACCUGGUAUGGAAGGUAAAUAUGUUGCCCGAGGACAAUUUACGGGUGAAUGUAUCGCUGUUCUCACAAGCGGUGGAGAUGCCCAAGGAAUGAAUGCAGCUGUACGAGCUGUAGUCCGUAUGGGAAUAUACUGCGGAUGCCGAGUAUUUUUCAUCAGAGAAGGAUAUCAAGGUCUUGUAGAUGGUGGUAACAACAUUCAGGAAGCAUCGUGGGCAGAUGUUUCUGGUAUUCUCCAAUUAGGUGGUACCAAGAUUGGAUCAGCUCGAUGUAUGGAUUUUCGUGAACGUUGUGGACGUUUAAAAGCUGCUGAAAAUCUGGUCAAAAAUAAAAUCACCAAUUUAGUGGUUAUUGGUGGUGAUGGUUCUUUAACUGGUGCUAAUCUGUUUCGAGCUGAAUGGUCAAAUCUAUUGGAAGAACUUGUCACAUUAGUAAAAUUAGUGCAGAAAAUGCCAAACAAUUUCAUCGUUUAA